AUGGACUACAGGGACAGAGAGGAUUUACCCAUAAUGCAGAGCACGACUGUCCAAGCUCAAGUUGGUACAAAGGGUGGAGUCGGCAUCUCCGGUGAACAAGGAAUACCAGGCCCUCCAGGUCCACAUGGUCUGAGAGGGUAUCCAGGAAUGGUGGGGCCCAAAGGUGAGACGGGACCACGUGGUUAUAAAGGAAUUUCAGGACCGAUCGGCAUCCCUGGACGCCCUGGUGAAGAGGGACCCCAAGGACCACCUGGAGAGUCUGGUGACAAAGGCGACAUGGGAGAGAGUGGUAUACGAGGGCCUCAGGGAGUUGUCGGAAAAAAGGGAGAGAACGGUCUUCCAGGAAUUGAUGGAAAAGAUGGUACUCCUGGCAUCCCAGGAAUAAAGGGUGCUACGGGACAAAAUGGAAGACCUGGAGGUUCUGGUCUCCAGGGAGACCCUGGGUUACCUGGUAUGCCUGGAGCCAAGGGUGAAAUUGGAGUUAUGGGUGAGACAGGACCCCGAGGCUUUAUGGGAAUGCAAGGUCUUCCAGGACCUCAAGGAGAGCCUGGUCCUCCAGGUGAACCUGGCAUGGAGGGAGUCCCAGGACCAAAGGGUGACAGGGGUGAAAGAGGACCAGUUGGGCCUCCUGGCAUUGUUGGCUUGCUUGGCAGUAAGGGAGAGAGGGGACCCAUGGGCAUCCCAGGUGCUCAGGGUUUACCUGGAACUAAAGGUGAAAAGGGAUUCCAAGGCAAAGUGGGAUCAAAGGGAGACAUUGGUGAUCCUGGUGUAGAGGGAUUGGCUGGAGAGAAAGGAGAGAAGGGACAAUCUGGGGAGCCCGGACCUAAGGGACAGCUAGGUGUGACUGGUGAUCCAGGGCACAACGGCCCUACUGGAGAUCCCGGUAAACCAGGAGACCAGGGUCCUUCAGGCUUACCUGGUUCACGUGGCCUGCAUGGAGAAAGAGGAGUUCCAGGGAUGCCAGGAAUACAAGGACCGUCUGGUCGUGAUGCUACAGAUCAACACAUCGUUGACGUAGUCCUGAAGAUGCUGCAAGAGAAGUUAGCAGCGGUAGCGGUGAGCUCCAAGAGAGCGGCGCUGGGUGGAGCAGGUGUGAUGGGACCUCCAGGUCAUCCAGGACCACCUGGAUCUCCAGGACCUCAGGGUUCUCAUGGACUGCCAGGCGGCCGUGGCAUUCCUGGCAUGAUCGGGGCCUCAGGCCAGAUAGGAAACACUGGUCUUAAAGGAAAGAGGGGUGCAAAGGGAGAGAGAGGAGAUCCUGGCCGACCACAUCCUGGCCAACCGGGACCACCUGGACUGCCAG